CGUUCUGAAUCACAAUGUUUCACUAGGUCUCAGCAAAACAAAGAUGCCUUUAACAUACCACGCAUAGGCGGGCUACACAGAAACUCUAACCAUGAAAGAUACUGCCAAAUCUAAACAGAACUGACUCGUGACACCCAGUGCUGCUUUAAAUAUGGAAAGACUUGAUUGAAACUUAAAUGGUUCAACAAAAGAUGCUCUGAUGGAUGACAGCGGAACUCCUACAGAUAAUCUGCAGAUAGAGUCACAAGAUGGGUGCCAUCCCGGUGACGGUGUGGGACGCAUAGUGACAUGCUUGCCUUCUGCAUCGGAUGAAAAUGAAAAUCAGCUGGAGAGGGACGGGCACAAGUGUCUGAGCAGCGGUACCAGCGCCAUGGGCAAACCUGAUGUGCUUGCCCAGGACAGUAUCAACAAUAAUGAAAACUGCCCACCAAGCUGUGAGGUGGCUGUGUGGGAGAGCUCGGAGGACACUUCCUGUGAAAGCCCCAGGGAUGGGCAGGCCCUUGUGGGAAGGGACAGAAAAGUACCUGGAAAAAGAAGCACAAGAACCAAAAAAGGCAUGACUAAGAUACCACAAGAGCUCUUUGAUUUAUACUACUCUGUCCCAGCAAGGAAUGUUAUCUUAAGAGGACUUUCUUCAGGAGCUGCCACAGCUUCAAUGCAAGAAAAUGCACUAAGUGUGUCCACACAUGCUGUGAGUGAUGAAGAGUCUGCAGAAAUAAAUGCUAAUGAUCAACCAGAAGCCCCAAAGCUAGUUCUUCAGUAUCUAUUCUCACUCAUACGAGGGGAAGUAGAGCAGUUGGAUUCCAGAGCACUUCCCCUUUGCCUUCACCAGAUAGCAGAAUCCUAUUUCCAGGAGGAGGACUAUGAGAAAGCAAUGAAAUUCAUUCAGCUUGAACGACUGUAUCAUGAGAAGUUGCUCGCAAAUCUCUCUGCCAUUCAAGAAGAGUGGGAAACAAAAUGGAAAACUGUACAACCACAUACAGUUACAUCUCUAAGGAAUUCAGAAAAAGGAUUUAAUGGUGAAGAUUUUGAACAGCUUACCAAAUUUUGCACAACACAUCAAGAUCCUCUUUUAUCCAAACAUAAGAUAGCAGCUGUAGAAAAACCUCUGGGAAGGAAAUGCUUUACACAGUUAAUAGUUUCUGAGGAUCCAAAGGAAAGAGGAGCCACAGCCAAAGAGCCGGAGAGUGAAAGUUGUCUUGGCGCGGUGCCAGUGCCAGGGGGAGAAAGCCAGCGUCAUCAAGAGCAAACCCGGGAGAGGAGUAGCCCCUGCUGUCCUCACAUGGACAGGCUGGCCGAUCCCCCGCGCCUGCCUGUAACUUCAGGGAAGGACCACGGGGGGGAGGAGCCGCUCUGCAGCGCCGAGGCCCCGCGGGAACUGCCCGCCCAGUCCUGGGACGCCUGCGAGGAUGACAGCCGCCUGCAGCUGCCUCUCCUGGGGCCCAGCGGAGAUGUGGCCACAAUAGGCCUGGCUGCAGACCCCGCCGUGGCGCUCCCCAGCGAGUCCAUGAGAGAGCCGCUCAUCUCCCCCGGCUCUGACCUCAUAGCACCUGCGCUGAUCUCCGAGGGAAGAUAUUCACAGACUCACAGAAAGGGACUCCGUUUACCACUUAAGGAUGCUUCGGAGGCGUUGCCCACGGACCGACUGGAACAUAGGGAAUUCAAUGAGCUGCAGCAACCCGAUCUCCCAGACAGCGAUGGAAAAUCACCGCUGGGGCCGCCUGACCCCCAGCGCUCUGAGAGCGCAUUUGGUGAGGGUAAUAAGGUGUCUGUCUUAAGUGCAGCUCCUCCAGGGGUGUGUAUGGCCCCGGAGGAGGUGGUGGAUGAGGACGAUCGAGUCAGCAGAGAGACUGAAGACUAUUUGAACAGCCUUUUAGAAGGUUGCUUAAAAGACACCGAGGACUCCCUGUCCUGUGAAGAGAACCAAGAGGAAGACUCAGACCUCCUUCCAGAUCUUUCUCCUGAAGAAGCCUCCUACAGUCUGCAAGAGGAUCUGCCUUCCGACGACAGCUCUCUUUCUCUUGAUGACCUCGCAAAAAGGAUAGAGAUUGCAGAGGUUGUCCCUGCUGAAGGAUUGGUCUCUAUAUUGAAGAAGAGGAAUGAGAGUGGAGGAGACCAUCCUGCCCAAAUGCAGCAGAAACCAUCGAAGCGAAGAGUAAGGUUCCAGGAGAUCGAUGAUGACUUAGAUCAAGAUGAAGUUGGAGGUGGUUCCUGUAUUUUACUGGUCUUGCUGUGCAUAGUGACGGUGUUCCUCAGUGUUGGGGGAACUGCAUUGUACUGCACUUUCGGUGACAUGGAGUCCCCCAUGUGUACAGACUUUGCAGACAACGUGGACUUCUAUUACACCAAGUUACUGCAGGGAAUGGCAGAACUGAAACACUGGAUCUACCUCUCCUAGCAGCACGCAAGAGGCACAGACAUGCUGGCAGUGAAAAAGAGUGAAACUUUCCAAACAGCUUUUAUUUCAGGAGUUCUGUAACAUGCGUCCCUCCCCCAGUGAAGAGCCCUGACCAUCCAGAAAUGGCAGCUUUAAAUGGUAAUCCUGAGGAGCUCUCAGAGUAAUCCACAUACUGAGGCAGAUGUCCGUUUGAGCAUCGUGGAUGGGAGGAAUGGUCUUUGGAGGGCACGUCCCCUGCUCUGUGCUGCUUCCUAGUGUAGUGAGCUAACCUGAGCAGAGUUCAAGGGCACUGUUGCAGCCGCAUCAUUUUUAGCUGCCUUGUCAAGCUAAUAGUUAAAGGACACUUGGUUUACAUUUGUUAGUCCAAAGACAUUGCUUCCAGCCAUCACGCAAUAAGUUUGUGUAUAAUCAAAAGGAGUUACCUUACAGUUUCAUUGUCUUUUUUUUUUUUUUUUUUUUUUUUUUUUUUUAGUUAACCUUGGGAGCUGUGUAAUUUAGGCUUUUUUUUGUGCAUUAUUUCCAGAUUCCAUUUUCCAUUUGUGAAAUGAUUGUGUGUGUGCACACACACGAGCAUGUGUGCACACACACAUGCAUGCAUGUCUGUUUCAAAUGGUUAUCAUAAGCAGAUACCCGACACAGAGUAACAAAGAUGAUCUUUAUUUGAACCUGACUGUAGAUGUGCAGGCACAAAUACAAGGCUUAACUGUGGAACAGAUGAAUGGUAGAAAUCUUGGCCCUGAAAUCAGACAGUGUGGUAGAUCUGUGACAAUUAAUUUGAUUAACUAGACAGAAAUUAAUCACAGGCCUAGAAGUAAAGAGGAAAAAGUAAAGAGGAAAAUGUAAAGAGCUUCCUCUCAGUCUGAGCACGCCACUUCAUUGUGGAUACAGUGCUUCCUGGGGUAUGAUGAAUGCUGGACUCACUUCUCAGGACAUGAACACCUAUUUAUUAUGCUUUGAAAAUAUAAGAACCAGAAUACAAAGAUAAGAUGUUAGUUCCUGCUCUAAAUGUUUUAAUUCUGGUCUUAUGUAAAAUAAACUUCUACUUUCACAAAUGCAAUUAAAUCACAAUAUAUAAUUCAGUAUUAACAAAUCACGCGUUCAGAUGUUUGAAUGUGCAUUCAUAUCAUGGGUUUGAUUUAGACCUCUUAUGGGGUCAUGAAGCUAAAAUUCAAUCAAUCAUAUCUUAAAUAAGUGUCAGAUUUUUGUUUAAAUGUGUCAGUUCAGUGGCAUUUCCUUUUCUAAGGUAUAGUCUAACAUUUAGAAAGCCUUGCUUUGGCUUUUUAUAGCAUAGGCAGCAUUUGAACAGAAACAGGACACAUGAAUUCUAGUUUUUUAGCAAAUGAUCAUCGUUUUGUAUUUUUUGUUUAGAUCAUUUGAAAGAAAAAGGGAGAAAUUACUUUCUAGUUGUUACUGGCAGGUACAGUAGCUCCCUGUGUGUUUCUGCUUAUUUAUUUCAAUCAUGUGAAUUUUAAAGGGCUUUUUAUAUAAGUUGGAAGUGUGUUGUUGAGCAUGCAUUCGGUUAUCCCAAUGCUACAUAUUUAAUUGUUAUGUACUUAGUGUUUUGAUUUUCUAUAAUUUCAGUUCAGUGUAUUUUUAGGCUUGUUAAUUUUUGAGUUGAUGUUUUAUUUACACUUAUAACACUGACCUAUCUCUUUCAUGUCACCAUAAACUGUAAUAUUUUCAAGAAUUAUAGAUCAAAGAUAUUUAUUUAGAAGUGUACAAGAUACUGAAAUUUAGAUUCCUUAUACUUAAGGCUGAUUUUAUUAGAGGAUUAUUUUAAUGUUCUAUAAUAAAUUUUAAGAAUUUGUAUUCAGAUUGUAUGUAAAAUAUGUAAAAUGUUGAUGGUACUAUCUUAUGUGGUUCUAUAAAAGACAUUCACAAAGUCUGCUGUGAGGGGUAUCCCCAUCAUAGAUGAACCUUUUCUGUUUAACCCUCGUGAUUUCUAGUUACAGGAAUUUGGUGGUGGUGAUUUCUGCCAAUUUUAUGUCAAGAUAAAUCAGAAUUUCCCUCCUGUUCACCUCUUUUAGGUCACUGUCAAAGUCCUAAAUAAUCUCUAGUGUCAUAUUUGUCUAAAGGCUGCCAGGGCCACUGCCUCUGAAACCGAAGCUCUCACCCCAAGGCAUAAGGACUGAGAUCUCCUACCUGGUUCUCUGGGCCCAGCUGAGUAUCAGAGAGGCCAUGUGUGUACUCACCACUUCCCGGGGAGGGCAAGGUGAGCUCAGGAGCUAAUUGAUAUCUUGACUUAAAAUAAGCAUGAAAUGUCAACUAGAAAAAUUAGGGCAACUUUAAAAAAAUGUAAUAGUCAUUUAUUGCAUGAAUUGGAUUAAUUCCAUCUGGUGAUAAAAAAGAAAAUUGUUAUCUCAUGCAUAAAAAAUUCAUUCCAGUUUUACUACAAUGUAAUCUUUUUCUGCCAUUUGAAAGUACUGACAACUAUUUGUAACUAAUCUUCCUUAAAAACUGUAUUUGAGGGUAACAGAUCAAGCUUGUAAUUUAAAAUUA